AUGAAACGACAAUCCCCCCGGCUAUCGUCACCCGCGGGCGGUGCCAACCGCUGCCCCACGAAGAGACGCAGCAAGUACUUCUCCAAAGCGAGGAGAAAGACCACCAGGCAAGAAACCACCCCCACGCAGAGAACCCCCCUCACGCAGAGGACACACGCGAGGGGACCAGGAAACUACGCCAUCCCCAUCUCCACGAGCCUGUACAAUGCGACCAUUCUUCAUGGGAAGUUCAGGAGUAGAGAAGCAACAGGGGGGAUGGAAGAGGGACUGUUCGAUGAUACCCUCCUUGGGAAGAUCACCAGCAAUGCGGAGAAAACUCCCCCAAGAAGGGAUGACACCCAGUCUCGAAGUGGCAGUACACGCCCUGACGGGGACAAUUCUCUAACGAUGAAAUUUCGAAAGAUAAUCGCUACCUACAACGCGUUUACAGACCUCAUGAGGAAGCUAAAGUUCAGUAACGAACAAUUGGGGCGGCAUGCCAAGUGCCCUACAUGCAUUAACAGCUCAGUAAAUAUGAAGGAGGGAAAAUAUGAGAAAUACUUCGAAUGCACACAGUGUCACGAGAGGGUUUCCAUAAGGAAAGUAGAGGAUUCCAUGUUUGAUGAAAGAGAAAAGUUGUUCCUUCAAAAUAGGAGAAAAAUCUGCUUCGAAAUGGAAAAGCCCGACUCCUACCGCAUUCACCACUUUGGGAACCUCUCCUUUGCCAAGGACUUCAACAGAAUAGUAAGCGACGUAAUCAGAGAAGUCCUCACCGAUUUGAGGACACUAAAAAGACAUAGAAUAAAAUAUAGGAACAUUAUAAAGUAUAUAUACAGGAUCAAUACAUUUGUCGAUUUGUUGGAAUGUCCAAAGUGGACAAAAUGGAGAAGUUUCCGUCCUGAAAGGCACGUCUCCCACGGGGAAUCCCACUCUGUCUUCAGAUCCAGUGGGAGGUACAACUUAUCAUUCAUCCGAAAACGAUAUGCAGCCCUGCUUAGGAAGAAGAACUAUGUGAAGGGGAAGUCCAAAGGGGGAGAAAAAGAAGGAGAAGAAGAAGCAAAAGAAGGACAGAGAGACGAAGGAGAAGCAAAAGGACAGCGAAACGAAGAACUCCUCUUUCUAUACACAAAGUGGUACAUAAACGGACGUGACUUUUUCGAUGAGCUCAAAUAUCUUCCAUUGACUUGGAAACCCAGGAGAGACUACAUACAGAGUGGUAUCUUCCCCUUCCACUUAUCGAAAAAUAUUCAGAAGAAAGCCUCCUUUAGGAGACUCAGUGUUGACAGUUACAACUAUCUCUGUGGAUGUGUCUUCGACCUCUGCUCCUACCCUCUAAUGCUACGUUAUUUUGUAUUCCGCUUAUAUAGCCACUGUUUUGUGCACGAAAUUCCCAGCUGCGUUUUUCACUACUUUCGACACGUCUACCCGAGAGUGCACGAGAAGACACAUGCACAUAAGUUUUUUCUAAAAUGGAGAUUCUCCAGCGUCAUGCGGAUGACCUAUGCCAAGUAUCAGCGCGAAUUUGAGGAGGGGUAUCAACCGGAGGAGGGGCAUCAACUGGAGGAGGGGCUUCUCCACCUAGCGGACUCACCACGCCUUCCUGUGACUGCUCAAAUCGGAGGAGUAACCGAAUCGCCCAUUGCAUGCCCCCCUAAGUACUCCUCCAAAGAAGAUAGCCGCAUAACCAGCUCGUACAAUUUGGACGAACUAGCCAAAUCUUCCUACCAUUUCAGUCGAGAAAAACUCAGAGCUCAUAUACUGAGACACCAUUACGCGAAACGGAACCAAAAAGUUAAGAAAAAAAUUUUCAGCGAAAUGAAAAAUAGAUGCCUUGAAGAAAUAAAAAAGAAGCUCCCCAAGAGGAUUCAAAAGGUGAUCCUACCGUACCAACUAGAAUCUGUGUACUUCUUUAAACAGAAGAAUGGAAGAAUAUUAAUCGGCGACGAAAUGGGACUAGGAAAGACACUUCAAGCCAUUUGUAUUUUCCAUUUUUUUCGGCUUUACCCCACCCUCAUUGUAACCCCGUCCACUAUGAAGCUUAACUGGGCCUGCGAGAUUGAGAGAUUCCUGCCUGCCUUUGACCCCUCCAAGGUCCUGGUGGUUGGCGACUCGAACGACUUUCCGAAGGGGGCCCGGCUGUACAGAAUCAUCAUCAUCUCCUUCGAUCUGUACAAAAAGCUGGCGCACCUCAUAAAAGAAAUAAACUUCAAAUUAAUUAUCGUGGACGAAAGUCACUUCAUAAGAACGAGGCACUGCGGGAAGCAAAGCCAGCUAGCCAAAACGAUCAAAGCUACCCUUAAAAAGACAAAAAACGUCAUUUUCCUGAGCGGAACUCCCUCCAUAAACAGACCCAUCAAUAUAUACCACCAAAUUAAGUACCUCAUAAACAGCAAAAAGAGGUUCUGUAAAAAUAAGUUCAUCUUUGGAGAAGAAUUUUGCAAAAAAUAUUUCUCCAGAGGAGAAAAGGUAUUCGAAGAGAAUUUACGCUCCUGGGAAUUCCAUCUCUUCUUAAAAAAAACGGUUAUGAUAAGGCGGUGCAUUUCAGACGUCUUUACUUCGAACUUUCCCGACUUGAAGAGAUUCUUCGUGUACCUACCUCAUGGACCUUACACCAUGGGAACUGAUCAUCUCGUCAAUUUUUUGUCACCCGCUUCCGCAUGUACCCCAUGUAGGGAAGAAAAUGCCCUGCAAACUGUCGGGAAAGACUCAAAAGAGGGAACCGAAUCGGUUAGCCCAGAGUUGACAACUCCCAACAUACAAGCAUUGAGCGAAUCUUUUAAAGUCCAGAUUAAGUCCAAAAAGAUGGAGGAGGGACUCUCCAAAGUGGUUCAUGCUAUGAAAUAUAUGGAGGAACAUUUCCCGGGGAAAAAAAAAAUCAUUUUUUGCUACCACAUAACUGUGUGCAAAUACAUCGAAGAGGAGUUGCUACAAAUGAUAAAAAGAAAAAAACAAACUGAACAAGUCAUCAUAGACUACGUUGUAGUGAAGGGAUAUUUAAGCGAAAAGGAAAAGCGAGAAAAAAUACAAUUCUUUCGCAUGAACCACAGGUGUCAGUAUGGCAUUUUCACUAUCUGUGCAGUUGGCCAUGGACUAGACUUCACUUUCUGCAACUUGUGUUUUUUCCUAGAAUUUCCUGUAAACUUCUUUCACCUGCAACAAUGCGAGAGUAGACUUUUUAGGAAGAACCAGCUAUUCAACACGUACGUUUUUUACUUCCUCUUGGAAAAUGGCAUAGGGAGCGACUACAAAACGUGGAGAAGGUUCACCCGGUGUGCACAUAGCACUCGCUCGAUCGUUGAUGGAACGGAGUUUCCUGGCAAGGAUCUCCUUUAUGAGGACGUUUCGGGGGACGUGCUUCUGCUAAGCGAUCAGAGUGGGUCUCCCGCGAGUGCCGAUCCUUCCAGAAGCAGUUACUCCCCAGAAGAGCCAAACUGCAAACCCCACAACGAAUUGAGUAGCCACACCCACAGCGUGCGAAGCGCCCGAAAACGAAAAUUCCUCUUCCAAAUAAACACCCUCACAAACAGAAUCCAUGCGUACUACCAAAACAAGAAGACCAACUUUCCCAUUGAGCACCUGGCCAACGGUGGGGGUGAGGAAAAAUCACGGACGCUUCUCAAAAAAUGCGCGACUAAAUUUUUGCAAAAUUACAACAAACUAAGCACGACCGAAAGGAAGUUAAUUGAAAAGAAAAAAUGCGACAUUAACAUAUCGCUGCUUCGCCAUCUGCGCGAGGAAGAAAAUAAAACAAAGGCUCUAUAUUUUGAGAGGUACACAAAGAACUUCGCCGCAAGCGAUAAGACAUACGUGAAGACGUACCUUAAAAACAGCUUCCGGGGAAAACUACAAGUCUUCUAUUACCAGGAGUAUGACGAAAAAACAAACGAAGUUAAAUGUCUACAGUGUAAAAGCGAGUUACCCCCUUGUGCCAGUACCAUAGUAGGUGAAUACAACGUCAUGAAAUAUUUGCAGGAACACUCGGACAGCGCCAUGAUCGAGAAAUUUCAUCAAGAAUUCAACACAAUUAAAUUGCAAAGUUGUAAUGUUAAAAAUAUUCUCAUAUGUGAUGAGAGCAAUAUGUUUUGCGAGGGCAAAUGCAGAAUGUUUUAUUUUUUAAAAAAAAGUUCCAAGAGUGUACGAAGAUUAAUUUACGAAAGAGAUAAAGGCGUUUGUAACAUUUGCAAAUUGGAUUGCACAAACUUAAUUAGACAAAUUAAAAGUCAAAAAUACUUUCCAAUUAACGAAAAAAUUGAUUAUUUUAUUAGAAGAUAUCCACUAUUUAUUGAAGAUAUUAAUCAUCUCACACGCAUACUUGAGAAACCAAUGCAAGGACAGAUCUGGAACGUGGACCACAUCUUGCCUGUCUUCAGGGGGGGCGGAGAGGCCUCCUUUGACAACCUGCAGACAUUGUGUACCUUCUGUCAUAGGAAAAAAACAAAGGACGAUUAUAAGAAAAGGGUGAAGAGGAGUAAUCCUGUGGAGAGUUCCCCUCCAAAAUGA